AUGGGUGCCGCUGCCAACGACGAGGAGGCUGCUGCCGGUGCCGGCCACCAUGGGAGCUUGGCCACGGAGAAGCCGCAGCAUGGCUUGGCGGAGUACGCGCAGGACGGGUCGGUGGACCUGCGCGGCAACCCCGUGCUCCGCUCCAAGCGCGGCGGCUGGACCGCCUGCUCCUUCAUCGUCGUGUACGAGCUGUUCGAGCGGAUGGCGUACUACGGGAUCGCGUCCAACCUCAUCAUCUACCUGACGGACAAGCUCCACCAGGGCACCGUGGAGGCCUCCAACAACGUCACCAACUGGUCCGGCACCGUCUUCCUCACCCCGCUCCUCGGCGCCUACGUCGCCGACGCCUACCUCGGCCGCUACUGGACCUUCGUCCUCGGCUCCGCCAUCUACUUCCUGGGGAUGGUGUUGCUGGUUCUUUCCGUCUCCCUGCCGGCGCUGAAACCGCCGCCGUGCAACGCCGCCGGCGUGUGCCCGAAGGCGUCGGCGCUGCAGCUUGGUGUCUACUACGGCGGGCUCUACAUCAUAGCCUUCGGCAACGGUGGUACCAAGCCCAACAUCUCCACCAUCGGGGCGGACCAGUUCGACGAGUUCGACCCGCGGGAGAAGAUGCACAAGCUCUCCUUCUUCAACUGGUGGAUGUUCACCAUCUUCCUGGGUAUCCUCUUCUCCUCCACCGUCCUCGUCUACCUGCAGGACAACGUCAGCUGGUCCAUCGGCUACGGCAUCCCCACGCUGGGCCUCAUGGUCUCCAUCUCCAUCUUCCUCGCCGGCACCAGGCUGUACCGCCACAAGGUGCCGCAGGGCAGCGCGUUCACGAGCAUGGGCAGGGUCAUCGCCGCCGCGCUCUGGAAAUGGAGCGUCCCCGUCCCGGCCGACGCCAAGGAGCUGCACGAGCUGGACCUCGAGGAGUACAGGAGGAAGCGCAGGUUCAGGAUGGACUCCACCAACGACAUGAGGUUCCUCAACAAGGCCGCCGUGCCCGUGAACGACAACAGGGACAAGGACAUGUGGAGCCUUUGCACGGUGACCCAGGUGGAGGAGACGAAGCAGAUCCUGAAGCUGAUGCCGCCCCUGGUGGCGAUGUUCGUGCCGUGCACGCUCAUCGCGCAGACCAACACCCUGUUCGUGAAGCAGGGCACGACGAUGGACCGGCACAUGGGCCCGCACUUCGAGAUCCCGCCGGCGAGCCUGGGCGCGUUCGUGACGUUGACCAUGCUCGUGUCCGUCGUGGUGUACGACCGGGUGUUCGUGAAGGCCGUCCGGCGGUACACCGGGAACCCGCGCGGGAUCACGCUCCUGAAGCGGUUGGGGACCGGCAUGGUGCUGCAGGUGGUGACCAUGGCGGUGGCGUCGGUGAUCGAGAGCCGGAGGCUGGCCUACGCCCGGAGCCACGGCCUGGACGUGACGGGGGGCCAGCUGGGGCUCACCAUCUUCGUGCUCCUGCCGCAGUUCGUGCUGAUGGGCCUCUCCGACGCGUUCCUGGUGGUGGGCAUGCUCGAGUUCUUCUACGACCAGGCGCCGGAGGGCAUGAAGAGCCUGGGCACCGCCAUGUCCCUCACGGCGUACGGCAUCGGCAACAUCCUCAGCAGCUUCCUGCUGUCCACGGUGACGCGCAUCACAAGGGAGCGAGGCAACGCCUGGGUCAUAAACAACCUCAACGCAUCCAACCUCGACUACUACUACGCCUUCCUCACCGUGUUGGGCGGCGUCAACUUCGUCGUCUUCCUCGUGCUCAGCACCAGGUACAGGUACAAGGCCCAGUCCACCGACACCAUCGACAUUGUCAUCGGCCUGGAGACCGAGAAAGCCAAGCUUCAGGUGGAGCCACUGGGUUGA